ACCACAGUAUGGCUCGUCAGAUGAUAACUCUCGUUUUCGUGCUGGUCGCCGCGACCUGUGCGCUAGCCCAGUACGGCGGCCACGGAGGCUACGAGCACAAGUACGAGUACAAAGAAGAGCCAUACGAUCCUCAUCCCAAGUACUCCUUCGAGUACGGCGUCCACGACCCCCACACCUACGACAUCCACAGCCAGAAGGAGGAGCGCGACGGAGACGUCGUCCACGGGUCCUACAGCCUGGUCGAGCCUGACGGUACCAAGAGGGUAGUGGAGUACACAGCCGACCACAAGAACGGUUUCAACGCUGUCGUCCACCGGGAACACAACGUCCAUCCCACACACUACGCGGCGCCCAAAUACGAGGCUCCCAAGUACGAGUACAAACCAAAGUACGAGUACAAACCAAAGUACGAGUACAAACCAAAGUACGAGUACAAACCUAAGUACUACUAGACUGUUUGACCUUCAUCACUUCUCACCCCUCACUCGCUACCUGAGAGCAAAAUUUGCUCAUGCAUUCAUUUUAUAUUUGUUAUUAGUGAAUAAAUUGUAAUAUAUUUUGUAAA